GUGGGUUGCUAGGAGUGUCGAGCACCAACACUGCGGUGCACAGGAAGUUAGAGAAUGAUCUGAAGAAGCAGUUCGCCGCGGCGCCCUACGGCACCAGGAUCGCCCUGGGCGAGCAGGCCGAGCUGCGGUGCUUGCCUCCGCCGGGCGUCCCGCCGCCCUCCGUGACGUGGCAGCGCAACGGCCAGGCCAUCGGCACAGGGGCGGGCGCGGGACUCCCCGCCGGCGACCUGGGCGGCGCCCCUCCGGCACCCUCUGUGUUCGUCUCGGGCGAGGGCCACCUCCUGGUGAACCGCGCGCGCCUCGCCGACCAGGCCAACUACACCUGCGUCGCGGAGAACAUCGCCGGCCGGAGGGUGUCCGAGCCGGCGCAGCUCACCGUCUACGAGUACCCCGCCGACUUCAUCCCCGACACGGACAAGAAGGGCCCGGACCUGACGUCGUCCGUGCCGGUCGGCCUCGGCCUCGGCACCGUGGGCGCCCCGCUGGGGUCGCUGCAGGGCUCGCUAGGAGGGCGGCCCAUGAACGGCGCCCUCAACGGCGCCCUCAACGGGCUCAACGGCCUCGGCGGCUCGCUGGGCGGCACCCUGGGCGGCACGCUGGGCGGCCCGGGCAUCGGCCUCGGCGGCCACCACGCGGCGCCCCUCGGCGCGCUCAGCUGCUACCACUACCCGCUGCCGCUGCCGCGCUCCGACUCGGAGCACCACUACGACGAGCCCCACCUCGCCAACUCGUCGGCGUCCAACUCCAACUCGGCCACCUCGUCGUCGUCCAGCUCGUGCUCCACGGCGUCGGCCUCCACGUCGCCGUCGGCCACGUCGACGCGCACCGUGGGCUCGUCUAGGGCCGACUCCGUCAACGGAGGCGACUCGCUGUCCGACGCGGGGGUGACGAUGACCUCCUGCGCGUGCACGUCGGCGGGCGCGCGCCUCUCGCUGCCCGAGUGCGGCGUGUCGCUGACCAUCCCGGAGGGCGCGCUGGCGCGCGGCCAGGAGGCGCUCGUGUCGCUGGCCGUGCUCACCGAGGACCGCGCGCGGCCGCGGCUGGCCGACGGGCAGACGCUCCUGUCGGGCGUGGUGCAGGUGGGGCCGCCGGGCCUGGUGCUCAACAAGCCCGCCGUGCUGAGCGUGCGCCACUGCGCCGCGCUGUCGGCCGCCUCGGACUGGAGGCUGUCCGUGUGGGGCAGCCACGACCUGCCCGUCGGCGAGGGCGACCAGGCCUCGUGGCGGGAGCUGCUGGCCGUGGGCGCCGAGACCAUCAACACGCCCGCCUUCGUGCAGCUGGACGCCACGCAGAUGUACCUCAUGUGGGACCAGCUGUCGGCCGUCGUGCUGGUCGGCGAGUCCGUCAUGAGCCCGCUGUCGGGCGUGCAGGGCGCCGCCAAGAGGAUCCAGGUGGCCGUGUUCGCCGAGACGCGCGGCUCCGGGGUGCGCGUGUACGCGCUCGAGGACACGAGCGCCGCGCUCCAGAGCGUCGUCCAGACGGAGAAGCGGCUCGGCUCGAGGAUGGCGGCCGCGCCGCAGACCAUCGUGUUCCGCGACGGCGGCGGCCCGCUGCUGCUCGACCUGGAGCACGGCGGCAACCACAUCGAGCACCAGGAGAUCCCCUUCCGACACGUGUGGGCCAGCGGCACCUCGCAGCUGCACUGCGGCUUCCAGCUGCAGCCGCGCGUCGAGGCCGGCGGCAACCCCAACGGUGCCAUCUUCAGGGUGCGGGCCUGCCAGCAGCACGACCCGGCCGGCGGCGUCACCAUCGCGGCGCUGCCCGCGGGCCGCGUCUCCCCGGCGCCACCGGGCCUGCAGCCGGGCCGGGCGCUCACCGUCACGUCCACCAGCGCGCGGCAGACGGCCUGCAGCGUCGACUCGGAGCCCUUCCGGUUGUCCCGGUCGUUGAGGCAGCACCUGGCGCAGUGCCUGGACCCUCCCAACGCGAGGGGGAAUGACUGGAGGAUGCUCGCCCAGAGGCUGCACGUUGACAGGUACAUCAACUACUUCGCGACCAAGCCCAGUCCCACGGAGGUGAUCCUGUCCCUGUGGGAGUCGCGCUCGAGGGAGCCGACGGCCGUCGCGGACCUGCUGGCCACGCUGAGGCUCAUGGGCCGGGCGGACGCGGCGCAGAUCCUGGAGAAGGAAGGCGGCCCGUCGUGGGUGUGAGUCGCCCCGCCCCACCCCUGCCCGCUACUCUACAUCGGCCAACCGACCGUUGCCGUCUUGGAUGGCCGGGGUACGCAGUAGCGGACUGUGUGUUCGUGUGGACCUAUAGUGCGUGUUGCGUGUGUGGGCAGGCCACCCUUGUGUACUCGCCAGGUCUCGACAAUGCCAGGCCUGUCAGUGGGCAAGGUCGAGAACAUUAAUUUAAGAUGAUUGAUAGAUGCCAAACUACUCUGAACUUUGCGAACGUGCAUAAUGUGCCGACACUGUUCUAAUUUACCCUGUAACUAAGAGCUUUAUUUUUAAUCAUUUAGGAGAGAACAAAU